CCAUUCUGUUCUCACUCUCAGACACCAGACGCAGUCGGCUGCCGCAGACUGGUAGUAGCCGGCGCGCCGUCACCGUAUCCUCAGAUCAGAGGCGAGCAGAAACCACACCACUCUACUGACGCCCGACGAGGUACACUUCCGCGCGCGCGCUUCUCUUCCUUCUUUUUUCGCUCGACGAGCAGUGUAACAUUUUCCUUCAGCCAUGGGUAAGGAGAAGACUCACAUCAACAUUGUGGUCAUUGGCCAUGUCGACUCUGGCAAGUCGACCACCACUGGCCACCUGAUCUACAAGCUUGGAGGUAUUGACAAGCGAGUGAUUGAGAGGUUCGAGAAAGAGGCUGCCGAGAUGAACAAGCGGUCAUUCAAGUAUGCGUGGGUGCUUGACAAGCUCAAGGCUGAGCGUGAGAGAGGUAUUACAAUUGAUAUUGCCCUGUGGAAGUUCGAGACCACCAAGUACUACUGCACUGUUAUUGAUGCCCCGGGACACCGUGACUUCAUCAAGAAUAUGAUCACUGGCACUUCCCAAGCUGACUGUGCUGUUCUUAUCAUUGACUCAACCACUGGUGGUUUUGAGGCUGGUAUCUCCAAGGAUGGCCAGACCCGUGAGCAUGCUCUCCUUGCUUUCACACUUGGUGUGAAGCAGAUGAUUUGCUGCUGCAACAAGAUGGAUGCUACUACACCCAAGUAUUCAAAGGCCCGUUAUGAUGAGAUUGUGAAGGAAGUCUCUUCCUACCUGAAGAAGGUUGGAUACAACCCUGAUAAGAUCCACUUCGUUCCAAUCUCUGGUUUUGAAGGUGACAACAUGAUUGAGAGGUCCACCAACCUUGACUGGUACAAGGGCCCAACCCUACUUGAGGCUCUGGACUUGAUCAAUGAGCCAAAGAGGCCUUCAGACAAGCCCCUGCGUCUCCCCCUUCAGGAUGUGUACAAGAUUGGUGGUAUUGGAACUGUCCCUGUUGGACGUGUUGAGACUGGUGUCAUUAAGCCUGGUAUGGUUGUUACUUUUGGGCCUACUGGUCUUACUACUGAGGUUAAGUCCGUUGAGAUGCACCAUGAGGCUCUCCAGGAGGCCCUUCCCGGUGACAAUGUUGGCUUCAACGUGAAGAAUGUUGCUGUGAAGGAUCUGAAGCGUGGGUAUGUGGCCUCCAACUCCAAGGAUGACCCUGCCAAGGAGGCUGCUAGCUUUACCUCCCAGGUCAUCAUCAUGAACCACCCUGGCCAGAUUGGCAAUGGCUAUGCCCCAGUUCUGGACUGCCACACCUCACACAUUGCUGUCAAGUUUGCUGAGCUCGUUACCAAGAUUGAUAGGCGAUCCGGCAAGGAGCUGGAGAAGGAGCCCAAAUUUCUCAAGAACGGUGAUGCUGGUAUGGUGAAGAUGGUUCCCACUAAGCCCAUGGUGGUGGAGACCUUUUCUCAGUAUCCUCCUCUUGGUCGAUUUGCUGUCCGUGACAUGAGGCAAACGGUGGCUGUCGGAGUCAUCAAGAGUGUGGAGAAGAAGGACCCAACUGGAGCCAAGGUGACGAAGGCUGCUGCCAAGAAGAAAUGAUCUAUCUGUCUGGUGCUGUGCUUGCUUGUUGGUUACCUCGUGGAAGCUUAAAAUAUCUCGUCUUGUUGACAUCCUUGCAGUUGUCGCGUGAACAAGUAAUCUAUGAUGGCAAUGUUUGCCUGGUCAUGAAGUAUUAUUACUUUCGUUGAAACCGUGAUGCUAUUAAGACUUAAUUUUUUUAUGGAACAUCGAAUGUAAGGCAUACAUGGUUAUGAGUUUUGUACUACCCUUUGCAGUGUGUUCCUGUUUACCUUUUGUGCUGA